CCUGGACAGCAAGCAAUCAAAAACUCUUCAAUAAACUCCUAAAGAAGAAGAAGAAAAUAAACUCAACGAAUCGGAGACCUAAAUAUCGGGAGAUGGACGUGAUUAAAACACAGCAGAUAUCGGUUAGACCUGUCGAGAAGGUGAUAGUUCACCCGCUGGUUCUUCUGAGCAUCGUCGAUAACUACAACAGAGUCGCUAAAGAUACUCGCAAACGUGUCGUCGGCGUUCUUCUCGGCUCGUCUUUUAAAGGAACCAUUGACGUCACUAACAGCUACGCAGUGCCUUUUGAAGAAGAUGACAAGGACCCGAGCAUUUGGUUUCUUGACCACAAUUAUCAUGAAUCCAUGUUCUCCAUGUUCAAGAGAAUAAAUGCAAAGGAGCAUGUUGUGGGAUGGUAUAGCACUGGCCCAAAAUUGCGGGAAAAUGACCUGGAUAUUCACGGGUUAUUUAAUAACUAUGUACCUAAUCCUGUCUUAGUCAUAAUUGAUGUCCAACCCAAGGAGCUAGGAAUUCCCACAAAAGCUUACUAUGCUAUCGAAGAGGUGAAAGAGAAUGCCACUCAGAAAAGCCAGAAGGUGUUUGUGCAUGUACUCUCAGAAAUCGCUGCUCAUGAAGUCGAGGAAAUUGGUGUUGAACACUUGCUUAGAGAUGUGAAGGAUACAACUAUUAGCACCCUUGCAACAGAGGUGACAGGCAAACUUUCAGCUUUGAAGGGGUUGGAUGCCCGACUUCGUGAGAUACGGAGUUAUCUUGACCUGGUUAUUGAUGAGAAGCUCCCAUUAAACCACGAGAUUUUGUAUCAUUUACAGAAUGUGUUCAACCUUCUUCCAAACCUUAAUGUCAAUGAGUUGAUCAAGGCUUUUGCAGUGAAAACAAAUGAUAUGAUGUUGGUGAUUUAUCUUUCUUCUCUUAUAAGAAGUGUCAUUGCUCUACACAACUUGAUCAAUAACAAGAUGCUCAACAAAGAAUAUGAAAAGGCAGAAGACUUGAAGCCAGUUGCUGUUCCUUCUGCAGCUGGAAGUUAAAUUCAGGAACCAUUUGUUGUAGAUUUUCUGCUAGAGGUUGAUCUUCUGAUGAUUGAAUUUUGGUCAUCUUCUUCCAGUUCUCUCAGCCUUUGGGAGUCGUGAGUUCUUUGAAGUAGAAGGAGGGUGGCUGCUUAUUUACAGAAAACUUGCUCUAACGUCCAAUCUGUGUUUCUUAUGAUUCUACAUUAUAUCAAUUUCUCUUCACAUGUAUCUCCAGAAUAUUGGAUUGGUGACAGUUAAAGCCAGCUCUGCCCAACCUCAUUCUUUGCUACUCAAAUAUUAGAUUUUCAAA